AUGAAAUUUUACAUAGUUAUAAAUACAUAUAUAACCCAAAACCCGUCGGCGCCGGUCAGGUAUGCCAAUGAAUGGGACAAUUUGGACGGCAGUAUAGAGCGUGGGUUCGCCGGGAAGUCCAUAUUUUUUGCCGACAAUAAUGUGGUGACAGACCUGACGCGAGCCGAGGCCUACGCCCGACUACUGGCCUCUGUUGGUGUCAACGGGUGUGCCGUGAAUAACGUGAACGCAAAUACCCGGGUCAUUGAGUCCGAGUUUUUGCCACAACUGAAAGGGUUGGCCGAUGUGUUGAGGCGGUGGGAGGUAAGGGUUGUCCUGUCGGUGGACUUUGGGAGUCCCCAGAGUGUGGGUGGACUCACUACUUAUGAUCCACUGGAUACCAAAGUUAUAGAGUUUUGGACUAAUAAGACCAAGGAGAUUUAUAAGUAUGUGCCCGAUUUGGCCGGGUAUGUGUUGAAAGCUGAUGCCGAGGGUAGACCGGGCCCCGCCAAGUAUCACAGGACCCCGGCCCAGGCGGGCAACACCCUGGCCCGGGCGCUCAAACCACACGGCGGUCUACUUUUCUACCGGGGCUUCGUAUACGGCUAUCCCCUGGACUACAAGAACCUAACGGUGGACAGGGCUGUGGCCGCCUAUCGUAACUUCGCUGCACUGGACGGACAGUUUGAUGACAACUGUGUCCUACAGAUAAAGUACGGGCCGAUCGACUUCCAGGUGCGCGAGGCUGUCAGCCCCCUAUUGGGUGCCCUAACCCACACCAAUGUGGUGCUGGAGGUAGAGGUGACCCAAGAAUAUACAGGACAACAGAGACAUACCGUGUUUUUGGCCGACAUGUGGAAAUGGAUCCUUGAGUUUGACUUGAGAAUCGCCAAUAAGACCUCUCCCGUCAAACACGUGGUCACCGGUAAGCUGUUUAACCGUCCGGUGGCGGGACUGGUAGGUGUGGUGAACGUGGGCCGGGAUGUCAAUUGGAUGGGUAACGACCUAUCGAUGGCUAACGUGUACGCGUUGGGACGGCUAGCCUGGGAUCCCGAGCUAACUGUCCACGAAAUAGCUGACGAGUGGACGCGAUUUACGUUUGGACACAACCCUAAGGUAGUGGAGGCUGUGGUCGACAUACAGGUGCGCUCUUACCAGGCCUUUGAGAAUUAUUCGGGACCACUGGGCGCCGGUAGCUUUACCGAUGUCACUGGUAGUAAGUAUGGACCGAAUAUACUGAGUACAGAGGGACCCAAGUAUGGGGGUUGGGGUCAGUCGCAUAGGGCUGACCACAUGGGUAUAGGCGUUGAUAGGACUGUGGCUGGACUUAAGGGUGGGUACGGAACGGGAUUUAUUGGGGAAUAUAGUUAUGAAGUGCAACAGAUGUAUGAGUCGGUGGAUAAGUGUCCGGAUAAUCUACUGCUGUUUAUGCAUCACGUGAAUUACACGCAUGUCCUACACUCAGGCAAAACAGUGAUCCAGCACAUAUACGACAGUCACUACGCCGGCGCCCAAACUGUACACGAAUUCCGUGACAAAUGGACUGCACUUAAGGGACUCGUCGAUGAGGAACGGUAUCAGAGAAUCGGUCGCCAACUCGACUACCAGUGCGGACACUCCCUGGUGUGGAGGGAUGCCAUAUGUCAGUGGUUUAGCAAUAUGUCGGCCAUUUGGGACAUACACGAUAGGGUCGGCCACUAUUCAGGUCGUAUUGAGGCCGAGAGUAUGCAUUUAUUGGACGGGUAUGUCAACCAAACUGUCGACCCAUGGGAAACGGCGUCGGGAGGGCUGGCAGUCGAGUGCAAGUCUGCGAAAUGCAAAGCACAGUAUGUCUGGACGGGAGAUACCGGUGCUUAUGAUAUAGGGGUUCAGUAUUACGAUGAAAAUGAUGGCGUUUCCCGGUUUAAGCUAUUGGUUGGCACUAAAGUGGUCGGGGAAUGGGAUGCUAAUGAUAAGCUGCCAAAUGGUAGGCCGUGUGGUGAUACCAGCACCAGAUUUACGGCACCGGGAGUUAAAUUAGCAAUUGGUGAUACUAUUACUGUGGAAGGCGUUUCCAAUAAUAAGGAAAAUGCGGUUUUUGAUUACAUCGAAAUUAGAAAA